ACCCGCAGCCCCUGCCCCCCCAGCCUCAGGCGCUGUGUGUGAGAAAUGGUCGCUCCCCACUUUGGUUUGCUGUGGUGAUUCCUCCCCUGCCUGGUUUCCUCCCUCGUGCGCUGACAACGAGGAUCCUGUCCCCCUCCCAUCGCACGGGUCUUUGCACGCGCGAGUGAGCGCCCAGUCCUCGCACGGCUUGGCCGGGGGGCUUGUGCACAGAGAGGCUGGGGGUGGCGGAGGCGUGGCCUGUGGGGUGGAGGCAGGGCCCAGGAGAGUGUGGGGGGAGGUCCUGGGGGGGCUCUUCUCCAUGGUAUUGGCGGGGGUGGGGUCGUGUCAGGGUCUGGUGUGGGGAGAUGGGCCCUGCCGCCUCCAGGUAGCAAAGGGUUAAACUCCCCCCCGCCCCACUGCAGAGCGAUGGUUUGUUUACGUUGGGUCUCCACGCACCUGCCCCCCCCACCUCCUGAUUGGCUUCCCCCAUCCCUGGGGGCCCCUCCCCGUAGAGUCCGGGGGAGUUGGGAGCCGGCAGAUAAACAGACGCCGGCGCUGGAAGAAGGCAGGGGGUGUGGGGUGUGGGGGAAUGGAGCCCCUCGAGCUGGACAGGAUUCGCUGCGAGGUGCCCCGAGGCAUCCGGGUGUUCACGAAACGGCUGGGGACCCAGCUCACCGUCUACCUGGGAAAGCGGGACUUCGUGGAUCACCUGGACCGGGUGGAUCCCGUGGAUGGCGUGGUGCUGGUGGACCCUGAGUACCUGAAGGAUCGGAAAGUGUUUGUGAUGCUGACCUGCGCCUUCCGCUAUGGGCGCGAGGACCUGGACGUGCUGGGCCUGUCGUUCCGUAAGGACCUGUUCUCGGCCACCUGCCAGCCCGUGCCCCCCCUGCCCGAGGAGCGGCACCCCCCCACCCGGCUGCAGGAGCGGCUGCUGCGCAAACUGGGGGCCAACGCCCACCCCUUUGCCUUCACGAUCCCACAGAACCUGCCCUGCUCCGUGACGCUACAACCCGGCCCAGAGGACACGGGCAAGGCUUGUGGGGUCGAUUUUGAGAUCCGAGCUUUCUGUGCCAAAUCCCUGGAAGAAAAGAUUCACAAAAGGAACUCGGUACGGCUGGUGAUCCGGAAGGUGCAGUACGCGCCCGAGAAGCCGGGCCCCCAGCCCAUGGCCGAGACCACCCGGCACUUCCUCAUGUCGGACCGGUCCCUGCACCUGGAGGCCUCGCUGGACAAGGAGCUGUAUUACCAUGGGGAGCCCAUCAGCGUGAACGUCCACGUGACGAACAACUCGAGCAAGAGCGUGAAGAAGAUCAAGGUUUCAGUGCGACAAUACGCAGACAUCUGCCUCUUCAGCACGGCCCAGUACAAGUGUCCGGUGGCCCAGACCGAGCAGGAUGACCAGGUGUCACCCAGCUCCACGUUCUGCCGGGUUUACACCCUGACGCCGCUGCUGAGCCAGAACCGGGAGAAGCGGGGCCUGGCGCUGGACGGGAAACUCAAACACGAGGACACCAACCUGGCCUCCAGCACCAUAGUCAAGGAGGGGGCAAACAAGGAGGUGCUGGGGAUUCUGGUCUCGUACCGGGUGAAGGUGAAGCUGGUUGUAUCGCGGGGAGGCGACGUGUCUGUGGAGCUGCCCUUUGUGCUAAUGCACCCCAAGCCGCCCGAGGCGUUUGCACCGGCUCGGCCCCAGUCAGUUAUCCCUGAAGCGGACGUCCCCGUUGACACCAACCUCAUCGAAUUUGAAACCCACUACGGCCAGGACGACGACAUCGUCUUCGAGGAUUUCGCCCGCCUGCGGCUCAAGGGGGGAGUCAAGGACGACCAGGAUGACGAUGGUUUCUGAGGGCGGGGGGAGGGAGCUGGGACCUGGCCCCUGGUGUGGGGCGGUGGAUUUUAACUGUAUCUCUCCGGGCUUUUUAAUGCUGCCCCCUACCCGCUGAGGGGGGCUCACUAAGCCCCCCCAUCUCACUGCUGUACAGGGUGGGCCCCAGAACUGGGGUCUGGCUUUUAAAUGUCUAACUUGGGGGGGGGCGUCCCUUCUCUUCCCUCCUCCCCCAGAAAUUUUAACUGUGGCUCCCCUGCUGAGCUCUGGAAGGGGGAACUCCCCGCUCCUGGGGGGCAGCUCCCGCUCACCCCCCCAGUGAAAAGCACUGAAUUCCUCUCUGGGCAUUAUUCCUGCUUCAGCGCCUGUGGCCCCUUGUUCAUCUAGCCAUGAAUUUAUAAAGUGGUUUUCAGCGGGGGGUGUCCCAGCCCCCCAUGUCUGCUCCAGGGGCCUCUGCCUGGUGGGGGUAGAGUCAGGACCUAGGCCCCCUCCUGGGAGGGGCUGCAGAUGCUCAUGCUGUGGGUCAGGGAUUUUGUUUAUUUGUGGCUGUUGCGCUGUAGCCGUGUGUGGGGUGGGCGGGGGGCGGGCGGCUCUCACUGAGCACAGGGUACAAGUAAAGGAACUAUCAACUGG